UGUUCGUCACAGAGAACAAACAACUCUGCUAGGUUGCCCUGACUUUAAAGAGGCAGAGUUUGGGGCAACCAGGGACACACAUAUCAGCUUUUAUACCACUUCAGAGAGUUUGGAUUGUACUUUUUCUUUUUUAAGAUUUUUAUUUAUUUAUUUGAGAGAGAGAGCAUGAGUGGGAGGGGUGGGGGAGUGGCAGGCUCCUUGCUGAGCAGGGAACCCUAUGUGGGGCUCCAUCCCAACACCCUGGAAUCAUGACCUGAGCUGAGGGCAGACGCUUAACUGACUGAGCCACCCCGGCACCCCUGGAUUUUACUUCUUGCCUUAAUAUUUCAGUAAUAGUACCAUCAUUGGAACUGGAAGAAGAUGAUCCCUCUGAUAAGCCACCUUGCCGAGGCUGCUCCUCCUACCUCAUGGAGCCUUAUAUCAAGUGUGCUGAAUGUGGGCCACCUCCUUUUUUCCUCUGCUUACAGUGUUUCACUCGAGGAUUUGAGUAUAAGAAACAUCAAAGUGAUCAUACUUAUGAGAUAAUGACCUCAGAUUUUCCUGUUCUUGACCCAAGCUGGACUGCUCAAGAAGAAAUGGCUCUGUUAGAAGCUGUGAUGGACUGUGGCUUUGGAAAUUGGCAGGAUGUAGCCAAUCAGAUGUGCACCAAGACCAAGGAAGAGUGUGAGAAGCACUAUAUGAAGCAUUUCAUCAAUAACCCUCUGUUUGCGUCUACCCUGCUGAACCUGAAGCAAGCAGAAGAGGCAAAAACUGCUGACACAGCCAUUCCGUUUCAGUCUACAGAUGAUCCUCCCCGACCUACCUUUGACUCCUUGCUUUCUCGGGACAUGGCAGGAUACAUGCCAGCUCGAGCAGAUUUCAUCGAGGAGUUUGACAAUUAUGCAGAAUGGGACUUGAGAGACAUCGAUUUUGUUGAAGAUGACUCGGACAUUUUACAUGCUCUGAAGAUGGCUGUAGUAGAUAUCUAUCAUUCCAGAUUAAAGGAGAGACAAAGGCGAAAAAAAAUUAUAAGAGACCAUGGAUUAAUCAACCUUAGAAAGUUUCAGUUAAUGGAACGACGGUAUCCCAAGGAAGUCCAAGACCUUUACGAAACAAUGAGGCGAUUUGCAAGGAUAGUGGGGCCAGUGGAGCACGACAAGUUCAUUGAAAGCCAUGCACUGGAAUUUGAACUCCGAAGGGAAAUCAAGAGGCUCCAGGAAUACAGGACGGCAGGCAUCACCAAUUUUUGUAGUGCCAGAACCUACGAUCACCUCAAGAAGACUCGAGAGGAGGAGCGCCUUAAACGCACCAUGCUCUCUGAAGUUCUCCAGUACAUCCAGGACAGCAGUGCUUGCCAGCAGUGGCUCCGCCGGCAAGCUGACAUUGAUUCUGGCCUGAGCCCUUCUGUUCCGAUGGCUUCGAAUUCAGGUAGACGAAGUGCACCACCCUUGAACCUCACUGGCCUCCCUGGCACAGAGAAGCUGAAUGAAAAAGAAAAGGAGCUCUGUCAGAUGGUGAGGUUGGUCCCAGGAGCCUAUUUAGAAUACAAAUCUGCUCUGUUGAACGAAUGUAACAAGCAAGGAGGCUUAAGACUGGCACAGGCGAGAGCACUCAUCAAGAUAGAUGUGAACAAAACCCGGAAAAUCUAUGAUUUCCUCAUCCGAGAAGGAUACAUCACUAAAGCCUAAGGCUCUGAGGGCUUGGGAUCAGAAAUCACAAGUUUGGAAUGUGCUGGGCCAAACAACAGCAUGGGCAUUCUGGAGAAUUUCAUUUCUGAGCUGAAUUCUUGU